UAAUCAACUUCUUAUAUCCAAUCUAAAUCUCCCUUCAUUUAGUCUGGAACCAUUUCCCCUUGUCCUAUCACAGCAAGGUAGUGCUGAAAAGUCCAUCCCUUUCUUAUAACCCUACCCUGGCUGGUUCUGCUUCAGUCCCACAGCUGAGGGCUUUCUGCAGCUUAUGGCUUUGAGUUUCCCCCUGCCAGGCCAAGUGUGGGUGGGACAAGCUGAGCACAAGCACACGUGUGUCCUCUAUGAGCAGCUUCUGGGCUGUGCUGUAAGAGGAUUGCAGCCUGGUCUUGGCAAGAGGUCAGGAGCCGUGGUUACCUUUGUGCCAGUGCCCCUUUGUUUGCUUUUGGCUUUAGAAGAGGCAAGGUGAGGCGUUACUUAGGAAGCAGUGCCUGAGCCCAGCCGGGCCCUUACUGUGAUGGCCUUGCAUCUGCACAUCAGUGCUGACCUUGCACUGCACCAUCUGCAUCUGCACACCUUUCAGUCCCAGCAGCUCUGUGCGAUGGCUGCUGCCAGGCAUGUCCCGAGACCGCAGUAAAUACGUGGGACCUUUUCCUGCAUGAAUAGGAGAUCAUGUUUUUGAAAUCAGACAGGACAAUGUGACACGGUUUCAAACUGAAAGCGGGGACAUUCAGACUGGGUAGAAGAAAAAUGUUGUUUGCACUGAAGGCGGCGAGGCAUUGCACAGGGCGAGGUGGUGGUGCCCCAUCCCUGGGGACACCCAAUGCUCCGAGCACCGAUGGAGCUGUGGACUGGCCCAGGUGAGGGCACUUCAGGAAGCAGCUGUUUUCCUCGGAGAAGGAAAUACAAACAAACAACAGACAGAACCCCGCGCUCACAGCCCCAUCCCAGGCCGCGCCGCCCCACUGCCCGGUGACGUCUGCGUCAGCCAAUCGGUGCCGAGCGGGGCAGAGGGCCGUUUGACCGGUGAACGGCAUCCGCCUCACCCAAUCGGCUCGCGGCGCGACUCGCUGCUGGCCAAUAGAGGGAGGGGGGCGGGCGCGAAGAGGCCGGUAGGAAGCGCGGGGACGGGCCCGGUGUCGGCGGAUCGAGGUGUGCGGUGAGCGGGGCCGUUUGGGCGUUAACUCCUGCCGGGCCGCUUCCCUCGCCGCUUUUUUCGCCUCCUUGCUCCGUUGAGGUGAGCGGGGCUCUCCUUGCCGUCCCCGUGAGGCGCCGACUGUCCCGGUCCGGAGCUGAAAGAAUCAGUCGUUGGCCGCCUCCGAGACGCGGUGCCCCAGGACGGAUCGCUGAGGGCAAAGUGCCGUACCGGGCAGAGCUCCGGGGCGGCUGCUGGGAGCGCAGCCAUUGGGGGCGGCUCCGCAGCGAGCAGAAGUGAAACUGCCCGUGUUGUUGUCGCUUUCGAUUCCCGGGCGGAGUGCGGCCAUGGCUGCAGUCACGGAGGUGCAGACCCAGCUGUGUGGCAACUGCAAAAAGAAUAUUCCUGCUGCUAACUUCACCAUUCAUGAAAUCCACUGUAGCAGAAAUCUUGAAGUUUGCCAUUACUGCAAUGAAUCAGUCCCAAAGGCUGAGAUGAAGAACCACAUUGAUUCUGAACAUGUGCAGGUUACCUGCAAGUGCAGUAUGAAGGUUGAAAAAAGCCUCUUGGAGGAUCACGAGACAUUGGCGUGCCCUUUGCGUCCUGCAGUCUGCCAGCAUUGUGACAUCCAGCUUACUUUCAAUAAGCUUCAGGAUCAUGAAAAUUACUGUGGAGCUAGGACUGAGAUGUGUAGUGAUUGUGGCCUUAACGUAAUGGUAAAAGAUCUAAAAGAGCAUCCCCAAGUCUGUGGGAAAGAGGUGAAGCGAGUAAGCAAAACAGUGCCUCGCUUUGAGGGGGAGGAUGCAGGUCUGCGUUCCCUUCGAGACAUUAGAAACCAGCUAAGAUCGGAUAACUGUGCUGGGCCUUUGUGGAGAAUGCCCAGGGCACUAGAAAGGCAGAUCUAUAGCAACUGUGUAGGAGACAGAACACUUAAGGACAUUAGCAGAAGAAAUGUUUCAAGAACACAAAGAAAUCAAAAUCAAGAGUAUGGACUGGAGCAGCUGGAGAGAAAUAAAAACACUAACUCACUUUAUGAAGAGCAGAAUGCCAAUUUAGACCACAUGUUGGCUCUUAGCCUUCAGAACGAGAAUAAUCCUCGCAAUAAUACUGCAGCAAAGACUCACAGGGACGUCUGGGAAAACCACUAUGCCAAAGAGUUUGUGCCAUCUUCCUGUCCCAGUGAAACAGACAACUCAAAUACCUUUCCUUAUGACUCCUUACUGUCUUUGAACACUUCAAACCACAUGAAAUGUGAUGAGAUCAUGUUGCCGUGUGAGUUUUGUGAGGAGCUCUACCCUGCUGAAGAUCUGAUUCUUCAUCAGACAGGUUGUAACCCAGCAAGUGCCUUUGCCUCCUUCAGUAAAAGAAGUUCUCUGGAUCCACAAAAACAUGAUGAUCUGCCUAAUAUUGGGUACAACAGCUGUAGAUCUGAUUAUUCAUCCUGGUACCCAGCUGUCCAGGAAGAAGCAAACAUUAUCAUUCCCUGUGAAUUUUGUGGCAUUCAACUAGAAGAGGAGAUACUUUUUCAUCAUCAGGAUCAAUGUGACUUGCGCCCAGCCACAGCCAACCCAGCAGACAACUUUCCAUCACAGCAGCCACCAUCUCCUCGAGACAACAGAGAGAGGAGAGAAUCACCAGAGCUGGCUCGGAGGCGAAUCAGGCAUCAAGGAGAUGUUUCUCCUCGGUGCAUAGAAGGCUUCAGGCAGCAGAGGCUCAAUUGUCCUGCUCGAGGGAACAGGGCACUGAGUAAUGCAGCAAAUGCCAGGAAUGCACCACUGACCUCUUCUGGUACUGUGAGAACUGGUGAUGCUCUAAACUCGAGAGGGAAGCCAAGGAAGGUGGCUGGUAAUGAGGGAAGGCUGAAGAACAGAGAUACAGGUGAACCUGCCGGUGGGGCAACACCACGUGUGAGACCUACUCAGAACCUUCAUUCAGAAACCUUCACAUCCAGCUUGUCCAGAACUUCUCCAGUCCAACCAAGCAUCAGAAAUGAAGGAGGAAGGAAUCUGGGGAUGUCAGAUGUUCCAGCUGGCUUCAGGAACAGGAAGGCGAAGGCAAAGCCCCAGAGCCCUGAGUCUGGCUAUCCAGAGGAAGAGUGAUCCACAUAUGAAAAACUUAUCUAGCACUCUACGCGCUCCACUAUGCACUAUAGUACUUAUUUAUCUGAACGCAAGUAAUUGCUAUAUUGCCAUGUCAUUGAAAACUUUAUAUGAAUUCAAAUUUUUAUGGGCAGUGAUCAUUUUAUAUAUGUAUUUUUUAAUUUGUGAGUGUAUACUACAGGUUUUUACUUCUGUGAUCAACACUAGCAACUUCCUAAGAUACGUAUUUGCUAAUAUGCUUCUACUGAGGGAACCAUAUCAUCCCUGUUUCCAUACUAGCUUUUUGCAGCAUCCACUGAAGAGAACUACUUUUGUCAUACGCAUCUCUAGGCAUGUUUCCUGCUUGCUCAGUGCUAGUUAUUCUGAAGGCAGCAGCGCUAUAAAGAAAAGCAAAGCAAGCUCUCAGCCAGGACUAGGUGGGGGACAAGGGGAAGCAGUAUCUUGUCAGAGCCCUCUAUGCAAUGCUCUGUGCUGGCAUAUGGGGGAACACCUAGUGCUGUAGGGGGGCUGGUCUGUGGGCACAUUGAAUCUGGCUGCUUAGAGUAGUGAGCAGCUGAAAAGAGGGGGACAGGGUGCUACUGCUACCUUGCAGCUUCCUGUUGUACCUCUGGAUAGACCCUGCAGCACAGAAGGCAGCUGCACAUAUUCCAGUUUGUUACCUGAAGGGCUGAGGGCAUGGGGGAUCAUGACUUCUUUAGUGGAUGAGCUCUAAUCCCAGGAUUGUGUGACAAAAUGCUUUUUAAUGCUGUAUUAGUCAAUGCUUUUUAAAACUCCUUGUAAUAAAUUUAUCUAAUGUUAUAAUGAAA